AUGAGUGAAGACUGGAAGAAAAAAAAAAUAGAUAAUUUUGUCAUUUUAAAUAAAAUCUUAGGCAAAGGCACUUAUGGAACAGUCUAUCUGGGGUAUAUGGACACUGGGUAGAAUCAAGUUAGAAUUGCUGUCAAAACUGUCCCUAUGGAUUCAGUAAAACAAUCUCCACAAAUAUUGAAUCUGAUAAAAAGGGAAUCAACCAUUUUGAAAGCUGUUGAGCAUCCUAAUAUAGUUCGUCUUUAUAAUGCCAAUCGAACAUUAAAUUAUAUUUAUAUCUUUUUGGAGUUCUGUCCGGAUGGAGAUUUGAGAAAGUUUAUGCAGAGCAAGAAGGAAAAGCACUUAUCUGAAUUGGAAGCCAUUAUUUUCUUAAAGCAUAUUGUUGAAGGAUUUAAAGAAUUGUUUCAAAAGAAGAUUAUACAUCGAGAUAUCAAGCCAGAAAACAUACUACUCUCAAAUGGAAUUGCUAAAAUUGCAGAUUUUGGCUUUGCUAGAGUGAUGGAAGUUGAAAUGGAUGAACCUGGAAAGUUUUCCAGAAACGGAACUCCAAUCUAUAUGUCGCCUUAAAUAUUAAGAGGAUAGCCAUUCUCAGCUAAAUGUGAUGUUUGGUCAUUGGGGAUUGUCUUCUAUGAGAUGUUAUAUGGAAAAACACCUUGGCAAGCUGAAAGUUAGAUUUAGUUAGAAUAAUUGAUUUUAAAUAAACCACUAAAAUUUCCUACUAAACCUGUUAGAAGUUAAAAGGUAAAAGAAUUAGUUGCAAUGAUGCUUUAAGUAGAAGAGAAAGAUAGAUUGAAUUGGUAAUAGAUAUUUGAAAACCAAGUUAUUAAGAUGAAUGAAGACAUGGUCAGAUAAAACAUGAAUGAAAUUAUGAAAGAAGAUCCAAUGACCAAAUCAAUGAGUUUAAAUAAAAUUUAUUUGGAUCAAUACAAAGUUGUUGGAUAUUUACAUACUAAAAUUGAAGAUUAUAGAGAUGAUAGCAAAAAUGAUUUGGAUGGACUCAAGCAAAUGUUUGACGAAGAAAAUCCUGAUCUAAUAUUGUCGUAAUAUUAAAAAGAAAUGAAAAGGAGAGAAUCUUUCUAGAAAUUUUACACUUAUUAUCUUUAUGAAAGGAAUGUAGCAUUUUUUAUCAAUUAUACUUAAUUGAGAAUAAUUAAGCUUCAGACCUUUGGGGAUAUUACACUUGUUAAAGAAUAAUUUCUGCAAUUGAUAUUUAUGUUGGCUAGAAAUCAGUUAUUACAUUUAGAUAAAAUCAAUUCUGCUUUGAAUUCAAAUAAACACGACUAAUUUGAUCAGGAAUUGUGGGGAAGAUUCAUAGUUAGUAAGGAUUGCUCAAGAUUGCUUACAACAAUUAAGAAUGACAUAUUAAUUAUUAAAGAUGUCUUUGUUUAAGUAAGGGAAAAAUGUCCAUAGUUCCACCAAUUCUUUGAUAAAAUCGAAAAUGUUAAGGAUUUUUUAGGAUAAUAUAAACAGAUCAUAUCUAAAGCCAUUGAAACUCUAAAGAUUGCUUCUACUUCUUUAGGAAAGGAUGUCUAUUCUGGUAUAUAUUACUUGAAAAUUUGCUUGAAUCCAUAUGAUUUUUUCAAAUAAGUUGAUUUUGAUUUCAAUGCAUUUUAUGAAGAAACAGAAAAUGCCUCUUUAGAAGAAUUAUUAAAUCUUAUUUGAAGAUCAUUGAUUCUAUUUAAUAUUUAUGAUAUAUA